ACACGCAACCUCUCUGUCAGCAAGCUGCAAGUGCAUAGUAACAACCAACCCCAACCCCUCUUUCUCUCUAUUACUCAGCAAGACUGCAACACAAUACCCCCAUUCUCAUUAUUCACCAAUCCGCGUGCUCUCUCUCUCUCUCUUUAAGAAGGCUUGAUCUUGCGCGUGUCCCGUUCUCUUCUCCAAUUUUCUUAAAUCGUAACCCUAGAUUGCAAUAUUAUUCAAAUGGAUAUAAAGUUAUGGAAUGAUAAGCAAGAGCGAGAAAUGUAUGAAAAUUUUGGUGAGCUGUUUGCGAUAAUAAAAGCAACUGAGAAGCUCGAGAAGGCGUAUGUUAGGGAUAUUAUUUCGUCCUCGGUUUAUGAAGUUGAGUGCCAGAAACUAAUAGCUCAUUUUAAGACCUUAUCUUCGACACUUAAGUAUACUAUUCCUAGUAUUGAGAAAUUUCACGAGACGUAUAAGAUGGACUGCCCGGCUGCUAUUAACCGGCUUGUGACGUCUGGGGUGCCAGCUACUGUGGAGCAUAGAGCUGCGGUUGCAAUGUCGUCGACUGCUGCAGCAAGUGUUGUAGCAGAGUGUGUGCAGAAUUUCAUUACUGCAAUGGAUUCGUUGAAGUUAAAUAUGGUGGCUGUGGAUCAGGUUCACCCGUUGCUAUCGGAUUUGUCGGCUUCACUCAAUAAACUUACAUUGUUGGGGCCUGAUUUUGAGGGGAAGACAAAGAUGAAAGAGUGGAUUGCAAGACUGGCAAAGAUGGGGGCAGCGGAUGAGUUAACAGAGCAGCAAGCGAGGCAGCUCCACUUUGAUCUUGAGUCGUCUUACAACUCUUUUAUGGCAGCAUUGCCUACAGCUGGGACAUAGUCCGUCUGAGAUGCCUGGCUUUUGGGUGGAAUUGAAGUUGUAAACAUGUCUACACUGUGGGCACUGCUUUCUGCACGUCAACAUUGUAAACAUUACACCUCCGGACUGGAGAUAUAAGUACAAGUGUACUACUCAGUGGCCUUCAUAUUAAUUUUUGUUAUUAAUAUUUGGUUGCCCUCUCCAAUGUAUUGUAGCUGGCACACAAUCACUUGAGAACAUGAUCUUGUGCAAAUGCAAUUGAUACUCCAGGUGCAUCUACGCACAGAGGUUAUGUUUCCUUCUAUCCAAGGUUAUGUUUCCUUC